GAAGGCACCCGGAGCAGUUGAUGGAAGGAGAGUCUGAAUGGCGCUGUUCCUCUUGUUGCGGUGCUGAAAUGCGAGCUGGAGAGGAGGGGGUGAGAUCCCUGUCCUCCCUCCGUUCUUGCCAUUCUCAUCAGUAAACACAGCACAGCAGCAGACAAGGAGCAGUGUUCCGGCCAUUCCCGGGGCUGUGAAAUACACCACGCUGGCAGCGAGAUCGAGCUGGGCGGAGAGGCGAGCUACAAUGAACCGGAGUCAGGACUUACAGUGGGGGCUAGACCUUCCUGAACGUCCCGGCUCAUCGCAGAGCCUCAGCUCGAAGAUCUGAUAAAAAGAAAAAGAAGUUUUUAUUUCACUCCACACAAACUCCCCUUAAAUAGGGCGCAGCUGGUAGGGGCUAGACUCAGUCCAGACGGGCCGAUUGGCAGUGAUAUGGCUGGCACGGGAGGAUUCCAGUUUCUCUUGUGUGUUCUAUUGAGUUGUUCGGAAGGAGUGAGCGGGCAAAUCCGUUACUCUAUUCCCGAGGAGUUGAAGCACGGGGCUUUUGUUGGGAAUGUCGCGGAUGAUCUGGGCUUGAAUGUGGCCGAGCUGUCGGCGCGGAGGUUCCGGAUAGUGUCCGGGGCCCCGAAACGGUACCUGGAGGUGAAUUUAGAGAACGGGGUCUUGUUCGUUAAUGAGAAAGUGGACAGGGAGCAACUGUGCGGACUGCGAGAAUCGUGCUUCCUGAACCUGGAGAUUGUGAUAGAGAACCCCCUGGAGCUGUACCAGGCGGAGAUCGAGAUACUGGAUGUGAACGAUAACGCUCCCAGUUUCCCGAACGCUCAGCUCCGGUUGGAAAUCACCGAAUCGGCGGCACCGGGAGCUCGCUUCCCGCUGGAGAGCGCCCACGAUCCGGACGUGGGAACCAAUUCCCUCCGCAGUUACCGGCUCAGCCCGAACGAACACUUCGUCCUGGAGGUACAAAGCCGGAGUGAGCGCCGCCAAUCCGCCGAGUUAGUGCUGGACCGCCCCUUAGACCGGGAGACCCAGUCCGUUCACCGGCUGGUUCUGACCGCGGUGGACGGAGGCUCCCCGAAGAAAUCCGGGAGCGUGCUCAUCACGGUGCGGGUGCUGGACGCUAACGAUAACUCCCCGGUGUUCCCGCAGCCGGUGUACACCGUGAGACUGGCGGAGAACGUUCCCGCCGGGACCCUGCUCCUCCGGCUGAACGCUACCGAUCCGGAUGAGGGCUCCAAUGGCCGAAUAGUCUACUCGCUCGGGCAGCACUCAGCCAGGACGGUACGGGAGCUGUUCUCACUGGAUGUGCAGACCGGCCAACUCCGGGUCCGCGCUCCGUUAGACUACGAGGACUGCCCGGUCCAUGAGAUCUUCGUCCAAGCCAAAGACCUGGGAGCGAAUUCGGUUGCCGCCCAUUGCCACAUCCUGCUGGAGCUACUGGACGUGAACGACAACCCACCGGAGAUCUCUCUCACCUCGGUGUCCAGCCCGGUGCCCGAGGACGCGUCUCCGGGAACAGUCAUCGCCCUGAUCAGUGUUACCGACCGGGACAGCGGCGUUAACGGCCGGGUCAGUUGCCGCCUGAGCGGCACCGGGGCUGAUACCGGGGAGUUCCCGUUCAAGCUGCUACCCUCUUUCCGCCACUAUUACACCCUGGUCACCGAGCACCGGCUCGACCGGGAGACCGUACCGGAGUACAACGUGACGGUGGAGGCGAGCGACGGCGGAUCCCCGCGGCUGUCCAGUAACCGGACCGUCACCGUCCGGGUUUCCGACGUCAAUGACAACCCUCCCCGGUUCAGCCGGUCCACAUACACGGUGCGAGUCCCGGAGAAUAACGCCCCCGGAGCCUCGAUCUGCUCGGUCAGUGCCGACGACCCCGACCUGAACCAGAACUCGUACGUCUCCUACUCGAUCGUGAAUGAGCCGCUCCGCGGGAUGCCCAUCUCCACGUACGUGUCCGUAAACUCGGAUACCGGGAGGCUGUACGCCCUCCGCUCCUUCGACUACGAGCAGCUCCGAGGCUUCCGAGUGCAAAUUCAGGCGCAGGACGCCGGCUUUACGCCGCUUAGCAGCAACACCACCGUGCACGUCCUCAUAGUGGACCGGAACGAUAACGGCCCGGUAAUUGUAUCGCCGCUGGCGCGGGACGGCUCGGUGGCGGUGGAGACGGUGCCUCGCUCGGCCGGGCCGGGCUGGCUGGCGGUCAAGGUGACGGCGGUAGACGCGGACGAGGGGCCGAACGGCCACCUCUCGUACCGUUUGUUGCAGGCUACCAACCGAGAGCUAUUCCACCUGGAGCGGCAGACCGGAGAGAUCCGCCUAGCCCGCCGCUUCGGUGCUGAAGACCCUUCCCAGCAAACUCUCAUCGUCCAGGCCAAAGACAACGGGUUGCCCCCUCUCUCCGCCACCGUCACUAUCCUGUUAACGGCGGUGGACGCUCCGUUACCGGAUCCCCGGUCUGAUUCUACCGGAGAGCCAGAGCUCAGCGCCGACCUUACCCUCUACCUGAUCGUGUCCCUAGGCUCGGUCUCCUUCUUGUUCCUGGUCGCUAUCCUGGUCUUGGCUCUGCUCCGGUGCCAACGGUACGCCGUGUCCGGUCGAGGGCUUUGCCCCGCCGCCGCUUGCUGCCUCCCCCGGAGAAGACGCUCCGCCAAGCUCGAGGCGCGCCGCCAGUUGCCGGUGGCCGGUGCCGAAGUGACCGCCGGCCGCUUCCCUUCGCAGAUUUACAGUUACACCGAGCGCCGGAGCCCGGGAUCGGCCAGUAGCGACUUCAUGUUCCUGAGAGCCGGCGGCGGGCAGGCAGGCGGUGGGCUGAAUGGUCUGCUGGUCGGCGUGGGGGCCGAAGAACCAAGUGUGGUUAAACAACAAAACACUGAGUACCAUAACCCGCCAUUGCAGAGAUUUACGGGCAGCAGCUCAUGGGACCCGGAGGAGACGGGAGACCGAUACGAUGGGGAGAUGGAAUCAGGCAAAGUGCCGUUAGCAGUCACAACACUGACCGAUGCAGAAGCCAGUUGGCUAGCUCCAGGAGUUGAUGAUCACGGAUGGAUACCAAGGUAUGGACCUCAGUACCCUUACCCUGACCAGCCCACUGGAUACAAGCUGAAUAUCUACAUACCUGGUAGUGCCCCACUGAAGCUGAGUCAACUCCAGUCCUUCACAGCUGGCGACGUGGACAAGAACAACACUUUCUCAACCUUUGGAAAAAAAUCAAAACUGAUUUCACCAUGUGGUGUUGAGCCGGAUAGAACUUUGACUUAAAGAUCUCAACUUAGUGGCAUCUUCCAGGUGGUUCCAAGCUUUCAGUUCCAAAACCAACAAGUCAUUUUACUCAUUUUAACAAGAGAUAAUUCACCAAUAAUUGGCAACAGAAAAAGCAAUGAGGGAGUGCAGGUACCUCUUUCUGAACGCAGCAAGUUGUGAUUUGGAAUGGUGGUGGAUACGGAUUCAGCCAUAAUAUUUGAAAAGAAGUUCAACCACUAAUUAGCGAGGAACAAUCACCAAGACUAUCGGGAAGGAACAGUGGAGAGGGGACAGCAAGGUGUGCUGAGCUUUAAAAUGCUCCCUUCUCUGCUGUACAAUUCAAUGACCUGUCAUUUGAAGAAUAUGUUUGAAGCAUGUUUCAGAUUAAAUCAGAUUGUGAUGUUUUAUCUUC